AUGUCCACCCCCGCUGAAAUUAUUGCUGCUCGUGUUAACGGAAUUAGUAAUUCUAAUGAAGAGCAUGAAAUCUUGAAUGCUGAGUCGCCAAUUCAGGUCUCAUCUGAUUCUGACGACCUUAAUUCAUUCAACGAGAGCGAAGCUUCUUUGACAACUUCGGCACCUUCAAUCUCGGAUGAUUCUGCAUUUCCUACUUUAGGAGGCAAGAAGUCAUCUAUUCUGUCGUCUACGCCAUCGUGGGGACCUGCAAUGAAGGCACCGAAGUCAGUUUCUGCUUCGCCUUCUGCUGCUAAGGCCACAUCUGCUGUUGGAACUGGUAAAUUCAAAGGAUCGACCAUCCAAGAGGCAUUUUCAUUGGACUCUGAAGACCAGUUAAAUGUUGCCAGGCCAGAAUUUAUUAAGAUUCUUACUGCUGUGAAGGCUGAUACUAAAACCAAUAUCGAAUGUACCACUUCUCAACAUACAAAGAAAAGAACCUUCUUGAUUACUGGUAAACCAGAAGAAGUUAAGUUAGCUAAGAGGUUAGUCAUUAAAAAAUUAACUAAGCCUGUCAAAAUCACAUUCAAUGUUCCUGGUAAAGUUAGAUCUAAGAUCAUUGGCCCUCAAGGUCGUACUUUGAAGCCAAUUAUUCAAUCUAAUGAAGUUAAGAUUGAUAUUGGUCACCCUGAGGAAUCUCAAGAGGCUGAAGCUGAAGAUGACAUUUUUGCACAAACUGUCAGAGUGACUGUUGAAGGUGAUGUGGAAGGAUGCAAACAUGCCAAAGCUCUGAUUUUAGCUAUUGUCAAGGAAGAAACCAAAACUUUAUCUACACGUUUAGCUAUUGAAGACAUUGUUAAGCCAUUUGCCGGUAAAGUUAUUGAUCCUAUUGUUCAAAGAUAUUCCGAUUUAGAUAUUUCUGUUCCAGACUAUAAGUCUUCUAACUCUAACAUUCAUAUUGUUGGUGAUAGAGAAUCUGUUAUAGAAGCUAAAGAACAGAUCAAAGAUGCUUUAGAUGCAUUAUCAGGUAAGAUACUCGUCGAAGAAGUUCCAAUUCCUAAAACCAAGCACCAGUUCUUGCCUAUUGACUCUAUCUUAGAAGAGAACAACGUUUUAAUCAAAUUACCUGGUCACGAUGAAACGAACGUUAAGUUUAUUGGGGAAAAGAAGAAUAUUCCAGCCGCCCAAGAAAAUGCCAGAAAAACGACAUCACAAUAUAAAGUUGAAGUUUUAGAUAUGUCUAAAGCACAUAAGGGUAACAUGAAUCACGUUAAGGCUGUUGCAUCGUUGUUGGUUAAAAACGGUACCUUUAAAAGCAUCUCUGAAGCUAACGAUGUUGUGAUUAACGCACCAUCGAAGAAACAAUUGGAAGAUAAAGAAGCUACUACAAUUCCAAUUGAGAUUGUCUUGAAGAACGAUGAUACCGAAAAGGCUAAAGUUACUAGAAAAGCUAUUGUUUCAGUUGUCAACAAGAUUUCGCCAGAUUCAACCAAAGUUAUCAAUGAUGUUGCAGAGUUCUUAAUUAGAAAAGUUCCAUCUACAAUUGAUGAAAUUGCUGCUCAGAAUAAUGUUUCAUAUGUCAUUUUAGGUAACACUAUCACUUUAUUCUCGAAAGUUGAAGACGAGUCGGAUGAUUUUGAUUUCGUAGAUUCAUCUAACUCAUCGGACUCUUUUGCUCCAAUUGACAAUUCACUUAAUAAGUUAAGAGAAUUGAGUUCCGAUUUGCAUUCUGUUGUUUUAAAGGUUCCUUUCAAUCAACAAACUGAAAUUUCGGGACCAAGAGAUACUACUUUGAAAGCCAUCUUAUCUGGAGUUGAGGCAAAUUCAGUUGUUGUCAAGUUGCAUUCAAAUGCUUCAGGUAAGUCAGCAGAUGAAAUUUAUAUCCAUGGUAUUAAAUCUGCUGUUUCUACAGUUCAAAACGACAUUGAAGCCACUUUAAAGGAUGCAGAAACCUACAAAGAGCAAGGUGGUUUCAAGACCUCCUUUGAAGUUCCAUCAUCAGUUUUGUCAAGAUUAAUUGGUAAGAAUGGAUCAAACAUGAUUAGCUUGAGAGAGCAAUUUGGCGUUAAGAUAGAUGUUAGCGAUGAUGGAAAACAAGAAGGAACUAAGGACAAGAAUGAUAAAACCGAAAUUGUCAUUUCUGGUAACAAAAGGAAUGCAGAGGAUUGUAAGGCAUCAAUUGCACAAUUUUCAAAGAAGUGGGCGGAUGAAACUUUAGCAAGAUUGAGAAUUGAAAGUCAAUAUCACAGAAGAAUGAUUGGUCCAAGCGGUGUUUAUAUCAAUAGAUUACAAGACAAAUAUGAUGUUAAAAUCAGAUUUCCAUCUGUUGAUAAUGUUCCUUCCACUUUUGCAGACGCUCCAAAAUCUAAGGAUGAGGUCACUAUUAAGGGACCAUCUAAGGGUGUUGCUAAAGCAGAAGAAGAAUUAAAGGAAUUAUAUCAAUUUGAAAAAGAAAAUGGAUUUAAGGAAACUAUGCAAGUACCAACUAAGGCCAUCGCCAGAGUUAUUGGUAAAUCUGGUGAAACAAUCAACGAUAUUGCUGACGGAUGUGGUAUUGAAUAUAAAUUCAAUAGAGAUAAUGACAACGAAAGUGAAGUUGGAUACACGGAAGUCGAAUUAACUGGCUCCAGAUCAGCGUUGAAAGAAGCAACAAAGAAGAUUCAGGAAAUAAUUGAUGAAGCCGAAAACUUUACUACUGUCACAAUCAAUGUUGAUUCAAAGUAUCAUCGUGAAUUAAUUGGACAAGGUGGUUCAGUUAUGAAAGAGAUUAUUGCCAAUGCUGGUGGUGAAGAUGUCUCAAGAGCGAAGUAUUUCAGAUUGUUGUCGAUUCCAAAUGAAGGAUCUGGUUCAGACGAAGUUACUUCUCAAGGGGAUAAGACGAUUGUCAAUAAGGUUAUUGAGCAAGUAAAGAAGAUUAUUGCUGCUAAAGAAGCCUCUGUCAUCGUUGAGUAUGACUUACCAAAAGAAAAGCAUAGAUUGAUUGUUGGACAAGCUGGUUCUAUUCGCCACGCAUUGCAAGAUGAAUUCAAAGCUCAAAUUGAUAUUCCAAGACCAAGUGAUGAAUCAACCACAAUUAAGUUAGUUGGUUUACCAGAACAGAUCGAAGGCUUAAAGGCUAAGAUUGAAUCAUUAACCAAGGACGACUGGAAUGUUUCAAUUGACAUUCCAGAAAAUUACCAUGCAUUGGUUUCAGAAAGAGGUGCUAUUUUCAAGAAAUUACAAGCGGAUUACAAUGUUCAAGUCCAACACGGAAACUUAACUAGAAAAGCUUCCAAGUUAUCUAGUGCCCCAAUUCCUACUCCAUCGGAAUCGGCCUACCCAAGCGAAGACGAAAAGGCAAAAUUCACGGUUGUUCCAAAUGACCAAGUUUCAGGUGGCUCUGAUGUGAUUCCAUGGAGAUUGAAGGGUGACGAGAAGGACACCAAAAAGGCUGCCACAUUAAUCCAAGAAAGAUUGGAAAAUGCCAAGAACGCCACUUCUAUUGGCUGGUUCUAUUCUCUGAACCCCUCAUCCUUCUACAAGGUUGUCGGAUCUCAAGGUUCCAAGAUUAAUGAUAUCAGAAAGAAGUCGAGCACUUUUAUCACCGUUCCUAGAGCUAACGAUAAGAAUGCUAACUUUAUCUACUUAGUCGGUUCUGAAUCCAACUUAGACAUAGCUAAGGAGGCUAUCGAAGCUUUGCUCAAAUAA